AUGAACACAAACAGUAAGUUAUCUUCAGACGUAUUUUGUAAAUCCAAUGAACACAAACUUCAUCUGAUACUAGAUAUAAGUUACUAUGACAAGAAAGUACUAUCACUAUUGUUGGUAGAAGAUAUUGAAGAUGGUAGACCAGUUUUAGUACAAUUACCAUUUACUGUUCUUAAAGAUACCAUCUUUACUAAAUUAUCAUCUACCGAAAAUAUCACUCAAAAUGUAAAUAAAGUAGAUGUUGGUCCAUUAAUACCAAAAUAUUCCUACAGACAUUUAGAGAAUAUGCAAGCUCAUUCAUUCGCUGUUAGUGGAACUCGAAAAACUGCUACUGUGCUCUACUCUUCAAAAAGAAGAGUAAGAAUAUUUAUGUUAGAUGGGGAAGAGGAAGAUGAUAGUGAUGAAGAUGAAGAGGAAGAAGAAGAAGCAGAUAACAGUAAUCUAGAAGUUAAUGAAAAUGAAAAUACUAAUAAUUUAGAUACUAGUACACCAAUGGAAGAAGAUGAAAAUAAAGAAAAUACUUCUGUUUGA